UCCGUCCCAUCCUCUGGAAAUACUUCUCCCACUUUGACUCAUCUGACGUUCGCGACUUUUAUCACGUUAUCACUCGUGUCUCAUGUUGUUCAGAAGAACUUCCUGCAGCAUUAGUGGCUUUAAAUUCGGUGCGCAACAGCUGAGGGGAGAAGGUGAAUCAAUACCAGACUCUUUAAAAACCUCGCAGCUUUGUCAGUAAGAACAAUGUGGGACGCCAGAGAAGAUAAUGGAUGUACAGCUCGGCUUUAAUAAACUCUCAGCGCUUCACUGAUGGAGAUAAAUCCACGUUUUCUCCUUGGGAAGUUUCUUUUGUCUCCCAAUGAUGGACGGAGGACAGCCGUCAUGGACUCUCACACCUGAGUGUGCAGCCUCUGUCAACACAUGAGAGGAGGAACCGUGUUUUGUCUGAUGGGAUCUCGAGGUGUGUCAGACAGCAGCAGGGCUAUGGGGAUCAGACAUGGGACAAAGAUACAGCAUCACUCCAAACCCAUCGCGAAAAUAUACUGCACUUUUAUUUUGCUUCUGCUCAUUUUCACACCGAGAGUGGAUUCUUCAUGGUGGUACAUCGGGGCCCUGGGUGCUCGUGUGAUCUGUGACAACAUUCCCGGCCUGGUGAACAAGCAGCGGCAGCUCUGCCAGCGGCACCCGGACCUGAUGCAGUCCAUCGGGGAGGGAGCCAAAGAGUGGAUCAGAGAGUGCCAGCACCAGUUCAGAAACCACCGCUGGAACUGCAGCACGCUGGAGCGAGACCACACUGUGUUUGGCAGAGUGAUGCUGCGAAGCAGCCAAGAGGCAGCGUUCGUGUAUGCCAUCUCCUCGGCAGGGGUGGUCUACGCCAUCACCAGGGCUUGCAGCGUGGGGGAGCUUAAGAUCUGCAACUGUGACAGCCACAAGCGUGGACGAGCAAGUGACGACAGGGGCAAUUUUGACUGGGGUGGAUGCAGCGACAACAUCAACUAUGGCAUAAAGUUUGCCAAGGCUUUCGUAGACGCCAGGGAGAGGAUGGUGAAAGACGCCCGUGCACUGAUGAACCUGCACAACAACCGGUGUGGUCGGAUGGCAGUGAAGCGGUUUAUGAAGCUGGAGUGCAAGUGUCACGGGGUCAGUGGCUCCUGUUCUCUGAGAACCUGUUGGCUGGCCAUGUCUGACUUCAGGAGAACUGGAGACUACCUCCGCAAGAAGUACAACACGGCCAUCGAGGUGACCAUGAACCAGGACGGGACGGGAUUUAUGGUGGCUGACAGGGACUUCAAGGGAAGCACCAAGAAUGAGUUAGUAUACGUGGAGAACUCGCCAGAUUACUGUCUCAUGGACCGAGCAGCUGGCUCCUUGGGCACAUCGGGCAGAGUGUGCAACAAGUCUUCAAGAGGCACGGACGGCUGUGAGGUCAUGUGCUGUGGGCGUGGCUACGACACAAUGCGAGUCAAGCGCGUCACCAAGUGCGAGUGCAAGUUCAAGUGGUGCUGCGCUGUGGAGUGCCAAGACUGUGAGGACAUGGUGGACAUUCACACCUGCAAGCCCCACAAGCGACCGGACUGGCUGGACAUAACCUAAAAAGGAGGAGCCGUCACCACAGUCACCACUGACUCAUUAACCCCUGCGCUUUUGACUGCAUUUUAUAACGAGAUAUAUGAUUGGGAUCCUUUAACUGUAAUACCUCUGACUUUUGAGCCUUUGACACUUCAGAAGCUUUUUGCUAAACUGGAAAAUAUACCAGUUACUAUGUGUUGCUUUUAUCUAAGAACAAUUUGAUGAAAAAAAAAACAGACUUGUAAAUGCACCGUUUGUUUAGGAAGAAAUAUGAGGUAAUGUCUUCUUGAUUUAUGUAAAGAUGAUGUGAGCACAUAAUUGAGCUCAAACUCAUGAUCAUAGUAAUGAUCAUAAUAGCAAUUUUUGCCUUAAGAAAUAGAGAUGGAAAUAUCUUUCAGAUUUUGUACAAACACUGACACAUUUAAAUGACAUUAAACCAUUGUAUGGUUCUGCAACAAAUCAUGUAAAAAAAAACAAAGACUGUUUGCUUUUGAUUAAUGCAACUAUAACAAACUAACAACCGGUUGUUUCUUGACAAAGGACAAAUACUUGCACUGUGAAAACAAAGGAACAAAAAGCAGGAGAAUAAUAAAGUAAGUUCAGUUGCAAUGGCAGCGCUCUGUACAGCGGUGGUUCUCAGGAGAAAAAAGGGCACACCAAUAGGACAAAAGAAGUUUCAAAUGGACUGUGGACUGUUGUCUGGAAGAGUCAACAUGUUCACACAUCAUCCUACGUAUCUGAAUCUCAAUAACUAACUAACUAACUGGAGUUGUCUCAUGCAAAUAGUUUCAUUUUUUACCAACAGCUAGCAACUGUCCAGAUCAUAGACUAUAUAUAAAGAUAUGAUGCUAUGAAGUAUUAAGGUCCUGCUGAUACAUGCUUUUGAUCAAUUGCAAGUCAGUCUCAGCUGUCAAUCAUGACUUUUCAACCUGUUUUUAAACACAUCCAUUGUCUUCCACUUAUCUGGGCACUGAGGUAGCCGCCCAAGUCGGGUAUCCUGAACAUCCCUCUCCAUAGCAGAGCUUUCCAGCUAUCCUGGGGAAUUCUGAGGCAUUCCUAGACCAGAUGGGAUAUUUAGUCCUGCCAGCAAGUUCUAGGUGUACCCCAAGGUCUCCUCCCUGUUGGGCAUGCCCAGUAAACCUCCAAAGGAAGGCUCUCAGGAGGCAUCCUCACUAAAUGCCUGAGAAAAAUGUAUACAAUGUGUACCUUGACUUUUUAUUUGGCCAAUAUUUCAUCUGCGAUCAUGGAAGAAUGAGGGUUUAUGAUCUAUACUGCAGCCAGCCAUGCAAUUAAAGUGAUUUGGCUUCACUUUGUCAUGUCUUCCAUCAUUAUAAACCAGCGAUGGCUCAGACAGACAAAAGUUAUGUAUCAAAACCAGCCCCCAUAGUCAGUCCAGUGAGGCCUUUGGGACAAAAUAAUGUUGGUAUGAAGUUGAAGCCAGUUCAACUUUUGUCAGAGCACAAUGUAAUGUCAUCUGACAAGCAUGAGCCAGUUGAGCAUAUUCCGAGUUGAUUUGUUUGAGACAAGAAUGAUGCAAUUCCAAAUUAAAAUCGAUGACAGUAAUAUUAUGUUUGAAGUGAUGACUUUUCGAAGUUGUAAUUUCCUGUUCCCCGCAACAAAUUGAGGUGAUUGGGUGUAACUCACAGAUUUAUGUCUCAAACUGGCCUUCAGAAAUCCUGUCUCAUCUAAUGCUCCACCAACACAACGCCUUGAUUUUUUUUGUCUGAAACAGGGUUGAUUUUGAUGUGAAUACUCUGUUAGUUAUCAUCAUUUAAUAUAGUGUUAAAACACAUUUGUAUGCUUGAAUAUUUUCAUCCAUCCAAACUUGAGUGGUAAGCAAGACAUGAAGGCGGAAGGUUUUAAAUUUUGUGUACAGUAAGAUAUUAAAACAAGUUUAAAGCUGUAAA